AUGACGGCGGUCGUGUCGCCCGGCUCGUCUCCUGCGACCUCGCCGCCCGCCAUCUCAUCUCCAGCACCCAACUCGGCGCAUCCCGCUCUUCCUCCGCUGAUCACCUCGCCACCAGCUCGCAGGAGCAAUCUUUCGCGCCCGAUGUCGCACGUCUCUAAAAACCGCUUGUCGCAGUACUCGACGGCGAGCUCCAUCCCUACUAGAUCGCGCCCGGCAUCACACGUCUUCCCUAUCUACCCGUCAAGCCUACCUUACACACUCGUGCGAGACUUUGCCUACGCGGCGUCACAUCCUUUGCAUUAUGGGCCCCCACCGGAAGCCUCGCGUCCGCCAUCGGGCAUGUUUGCUCUAGGCAGCGAGCAGCACGGACUGACCGAUAUACCAGCGUGGGACACUGGGACAAACUGGGACGCCCACUCGUGGGCCCCCAGCGGGUUUUCUAACCGACCGGCCGACCUGCCCGCGAUUCAAUUUGGCGACGGCCCACCCUGGAGCGAGGACGAAGACCUCCAGAGCCCCGUCGUCAGCUCGAGACACAGGAAGCACAAAAGCUCGGGAGGCGGCUCGUACACGAAGAGUCGGGCGAGCCGUGACGCCCAAGCCGUCCCGCAGACUUUCGAUGGAGACAGAGGUUACUAUGUUGGCACCAGCAACGAUGGCGGCGAGCGGUACUAUGUAAAUCAGGGCACCGAGGCCAACGGGCCAGGCGGGGAGUAUGUCACGUACCCACCGGACCAAGCGCGCCAUGGGAAUAGCGCAUACCAGUUAGCUAGCCAGCAACCACGCCAAUUCAACGAAGCUGCUGAUUUCGGCUCGGACGAUUCCAGCGCGUGCUCCUCACCAGGCUACCGCAACACGGAUGAGUCACGGUACUCGCGGGACUACCAAUUCAUGAUCACCUCGCCCGACGAAGAAAUGCACGGGAAGGCCGUGGCACUCUUUGAUUUCGAACGGGAAAACGAGAGCGAGUUGCCGCUGGUGGAGGGCCAGAUUAUCUGGGUGUCGUAUCGGUAUGGUCAAGGUUGGUUGGUGGCGGAGGACCCCAAGACUCAAGAGAGCGGGCUUGUCCCUGAGGAAUAUGUCCGUCUCCUGCGCGAUAUCGAAGGCGGCUUGACGAGUUUAGCCGGCAACUUGAACAUGGGCGAAGUCAGCCCGUCCAGUCCCAGCAACGACGUGGGCACGCCCACUCAAGCGGAACAUUCAGUUCCUGCGCAGCUGCCCCCCCACUCGCCUGCCGUAACUACAGCGAGCGGGUCAUCAGCCGCGACGAACAACACGGCGUCGACUGCCAACACCGCAACCAAUGGCUACCACCAGCCGGUUGUCUCUACCUUUUCGACGUCCAGCAAGGAUCUCGAUCCUUAUCCACAACACCUCCUAGGCACCCAAGCCGGCCAACCACCACCACAGGUAGUCCACUAUCAUGGCCAGCGCGGUGGGAGCCAAGCCAACACCCCUACGUUGGCUAUCCACCAAGGCUUUGGAUCGAGGCGGGCCAGCCAGGACACUUUGUCUACGACUGGCGUGAAGAAGGGAGAGGGGUCACUUAGCGGUCUAGAAACGCUACCCGAUGCGAAGUUGGAGAGGCCUGCGUCUGGGAGUGGGAUUCCAAAGAAGAGGGAGUCGAGGUGA